AGGAGCACCCAGAGCUGCAGAAGCUGGCGCGGCAGCUGGUCCACGAGGAUCCCGCCACCAGGCCCGCCGCCGUCCAGGAGCUGCGGGAUAUGGUAUACGAGCGCGGGGAGUGCGCGCCGAGGCGCAUGGACGACUCGUUCCUGUUACGGUUCCUGCGCGCGCGCCGCUUCGUCGUGCCGCGCGCGCACAGACAGCUGGUGCGUUAUUGCCGGUUCCUGGAGCAGUACCCCGAGCUUUACCGGGACGUGGACCUGUGGGGGCUGGCCCGCGUGGGCUGCGCCUACGAGGGCUGCAUGCUGGACCGGCCGGGCGUCGGCCGCGUGACUAUACUGCGGUUCGGAACAUGGGACCCUGAUGACUACCCCGUGGAGGAGCUGGUGCGGGUGGCCAUGGCCAUGAUGGAGAUCGGGCUGCGCUCGCCCAAGAUGCAGGUGAUCGGCGGCACCGUGAUCGUAGACAUGGCCGGCAUCACCAUGAAGCACGUGGCCACGCUCACGCCCACCAUCGCGUACCAGAUCGUCUGCCUCAUGGGGUCGGCGAUCCCCUGCGUGUUGAACUCCUGCCACAUCAUCAACUACAACUGGCUUCUCAACACGUUCUUCUUCCUCUUCAAGCGCUUCAUCCCCAAGAAGGCGUGGAAGAUGAUCCACUUCCACGGCCACGACCUGGAGUCGUUGCGCCGGAUAGUGGACCCCGAGUGCCUCCCGCCGCGGUACGGGGGCACGUGCCGGCACCACGCCACUGUUGGGACCUGGUUCAACAAGAUCAGAAAGUACAGAGACGAGGCCUUCGAUCGGGAGAUGAAGGAAUUCGGAUGGGCGAUAAAAGAGUGAUGAAUAGAUACCUAACUAUAAGGGUCGGCACCAUUAACGUCGCUAAAUUU